ACUAAUCUUUACUGCACAAAACUGGAAGCUGGAGAUGCAUCUCGGUGUCAACCGACGAGGCUUACACAUGGGAAAGGAAAACAUAUAGUUGUGCUAGAUCACCAGAUGAAGAACUUUGUUGACAUUCAUGAUUCAGUUGAUUCGCCUCCGCGGGUUUCUCUUUGCUCUUUGAGCGACGGAACCGUACUCAAGAUUCUUUACGAGCAGACAUCUCCUAAACUACUGAAAAGUCUUAAACUUGAGCCUCCAGAGUUUGUUCAAAUACAAGCGAAUGAUGGAAAGACAAUGCUGUACGGUGCGGUUUACAAACCUGACAGUUCGAAAUUUGGUCCUCCUCCAUAUAAAACAAUGAUCAGCGUUUACGGAGGUCCCAGCGUUCAGCUGGUUCAUGAUUCUUGGAUUAAUACAGUCGACAUGAGGACACAGUAC